GUGUUACAAGUAGCACCGAAUGCUCCUGUGGCCGUAACCAUUUUACAUGUGCUGUCAGCGCUUUUGGUGAAUGUACAUGCAUCCCUGCUCAGUGGCAAUGUGAUGGAGACAAUGACUGUGGGGACCACAGUGAUGAAGAUGGCUGCAUGCUGCCCACUUGCUCCCCCUUGGACUUCCACUGUGACAAUGGGAAGUGUAUCCGCCGGUCCUGGGUCUGCGAUGGAGACAACGACUGUGAGGAUGAUUCUGAUGAACAGGACUGCCCUCCACGGGAGUGUGAGGAAGAUGAGUUCUCAUGUCAGAAUGGAUACUGCAUCCGCAGCCUGUGGCACUGCGAUGGUGACAACGACUGCGGUGACAACAGCGAUGAGCAGUGCGAUAUGAGAAAGUGUUCGGAGAAGGAGUUCCGUUGCAGUGACGGUAGCUGCAUAGCCGAGCACUGGUUCUGUGAUGGUGACACAGACUGCAAGGAUGGCUCGGAUGAAGAGAAUUGCCCAUCAGAUGUUCCAGCUGCCACCUGCAGCUUGGAGGAGUUCCAGUGUGCGUAUGGACGCUGCAUAUUGGACAUCUACCACUGUGAUGGCGACGAUGACUGUGGGGACUGGUCUGAUGAAUCUGACUGCUCAUCUCACCAGCCUUGUCGCUCUGGAGAGUUCAUGUGCAACAGUGGCCUGUGCAUUAACGCUGGCUGGAGGUGUGAUGGAGACUUCGACUGUGAUGACCAGUCAGAUGAGAGGAACUGCACUACAUCUAUGUGCACAGCUGAUCAGUUCCGCUGUAAGUCAGGGCGCUGUGUCCGUCUGUCCUGGCGUUGUGAUGGGGAAGAUGACUGCUCUGACAACAGUGAUGAGGAGAACUGUGAGAACACAGGGACCCCUCAGUGUGCCCCAGACCAGUUCCUGUGUGGGAAUGGGCGUUGUAUUGGCCAGCGGAAGCUGUGCAAUGGAGCAAAUGAUUGUGGAGACGGCAGUGAUGAGAACCCGCAUCAAAACUGCCGUCCACGAACAGGGGAGGAGAACUGCAAUGUGAACAAUGGUGGCUGUGCUCAGAAGUGCCAGAUGGUACGAGGGAUGGUGCAGUGCACCUGCCACACAGGUUAUAGGCUUCUGGAAGAUGGCCGAUCAUGCCAAGAUGUGAAUGAAUGUGCUGAGGAAGGUUACUGCAGCCAAGGCUGUACCAACAGUGAAGGAGGCUUCCAGUGCUGGUGUGAGCAAGGCUAUGAACUGAGACCUGACAAGCGUAGCUGCAAAGCUCUAG